UGAUAUACGUUCAGGCAGGUGCCGCGUCACUGUCGGAGCGGAAGCUGGACGGAAGAUGACGGUUCAUAACUUGUUCAUAUUUGACCGGAACGGCACCUGCCUUCAUUACAGCGAAUGGAACCGCAAGAAACAGGCGGGAAUCUCCAAGGACGAGGAGUUUAAGUUGAUGUAUGGAAUGCUGUUCUCCAUCCGAUCAUUCGUCAGUAAAAUGAGUCCACUGGACAUGAAAGAUGGAUUCAUGACGUUCCAGACCAGCCGUUAUAAACUGCAUUACUAUGAAACUCCGACGGGCAUCAAACUAGUGAUGAACACAGACCUCAGUGUUCCGAACUGUAGAGACACAUUACAACAGAUAUACAGCACUUUGUAUGUGGAGUAUAUAGUGAGGAACCCGCUGUGUGUGUUGGGCGAGUCUCUACAGAGUGACAUCUUCAACAAUAAACUGGACUCAUUCAUCAGAGCGCUGCCGUUCUUCAGUGUGCGCACCGCGUGAUACCUGCUCAUGUGUGGAUUUAAUGUUGUUGUGGCGAUAAAAAUGAUCAUCGUAUAUUUAUAUUAAACAGCCUGUUUUAUUCAGUGUGUUAACUAGAGCCCACACAUCACACACAAAUAAAUUAAACCUUUUUUAAACAACAAACCACUAGUUUCCCAAUAAUGUGUGUUUGGGUGUAUUACAUUAUGGUGUUGUUUAUCUUGUGUGUGUGUGUGUGUGUGUGUUGUGUUACGCAGCUGCUAUUCAAACACAAACACACUUCAGUGGAACUCAAUUCAGGUUGAAUUUCUCCAGCAUAAAUAAAAGCUCUAUGCUAUGGGUUUCCAAAUGACCCCUAAAUAUGAUGAUCCUCUUGCAAAUUGUUAAAUUGUAUUGUUUAUUAUUUAUUAAUUAUUGUUAUUAUUAUUUUAUUUGGAUUUUGGGAGAAAGUUGACCUGCACAUGUUUUCGUGAGAUUCACACACAAUUUAAUCCAGCUGGGUUGGUUGUGGGAUUAGAGACAGAUUUUAGAUAAGAUGCUGAAUUCCUGUAAACUGCAGACAGGUCAAUCUGACCUUCAGUUACAUAACGCAAUAAACACACACAGAUCUAAGUGUGUGUGUGUGAGUGAGAGAGUGAGUGAGUGUCAGUCAGUUACUUGGAGUCCAUUACAUGGAGUCCGUUACAUGGAGUCCAUUACAUGGAGUCCGUUACUCGGAGUCCAUUACACGGAGUCCAUUACUCGGAGUCCAUUACACGGAGUCCAUUACUCGGAGUCCAUUACACGGAGUCCAUUACUCGGAGUCCAUUACACGGAGUCCAUUACUCGGAGUCCGUUACACGGAGUCCAUUACACGGAGUCCAUUACACGGAGUCCAUUACUCGGAGUCCGUUACGGAUCUUUUGUGAACACAACUGUAAAUUGGUCAGUGUUGUAGCUCUUCUAUGAUCUGAAUCACUCUGGAUUAAAACUCAAAUGAA